AUGGUGGGCCCCUCCUCUCCUCUCCAGUACAAGAGGAAGUUUGAGAGGGACUGCAAGGAGGCCGACCGGGGGCAGCAGCACUUUGAGAAGAUGGACGCCGACAUCAACGUGACGAAGGCCGAUGUGGAGAAGGCGAGGCAGCAGGCCCAGAUGAGGCACCAGAUGGCAUCUGACAGUAAGAAGGACUACUCUGACUACCUGCAGAAGUUCAACCAGGAGCAGAAUGAGCAUUACUACACACUCAUCCCCAAUAUAUUUCAGAGGAUCCAGGAGAUGGAGGAGAAGCGGAUCGAGAGAAUGGGUGUGUGUAUGAAGACCUUCGCCGAGGUGGACCGACAGGUGGUGCCCAUCGUGUCCAAAUGUCUCGACGGCAUGACCAAAGCAGCUGAGUCAGUCGACCCCAAGAGUGACUCUGGGCAGGUGGUGGAGUCGUACAAGUCGGGCUUCGAGCCCCCGGGGGAUGUGGACUUUGAGGACUACGGCCAGGCCAUGAAGAGGACGGUGUCGGAGACCAGCCUGUCCAACUCCAGAGGGGAGCCCAAGGAGAGGCCGGGGGGCAAGAGCAAGGUCAAACUGUGGCCUUUCAUUAAGAACAAGAACAAGUCUCCCAAGCAGCAGAAGGAGCCCCUCUCACAUCGCCUCAACGAGUUCAUGACGUCCAAACCCAAAAUGCACUGCCUCCGGAGUCUGAGGCGAGGGCUUUCUCUCAAGCUGAUCACACUCAAUUCCCACAUCCGGAAUCUCAUUGAGGUGAUCAGAAUGACUCCGUGUCGUGUCUGUCUAUCUGUCCAGCCGUCCGUCUUGUAGCUCUGUUACUUCUGACUUUCCGUGUCGCUGUGUAAUCAGUAGUUUCAAAAACGAGAAGCAAAAGCUGUAGAUAUAGUUGCUAACUUUAACAGUGAUAAUAAUAUUUUCAAAAAUCCUUCAGAUAAAUGGUUAAGGUCAUUGUAUUUGGGAUUAUAGAGACACAAAACACUGCUGCUUCUGCUGCAAAACACUGAAUCGGAGUGGGUUUGACUGUCUGUUUUGGCAGUGAAAACUUCUGGUAUUAGAUCCAGACAGUACUGAGACUUAGGAAUACAAAGUACUUUCCACUGGAAUGUGGAAGGGAAGGGGAAGUAUUACCUUCUCCUUGGGUGGAGAGUGAACUCUCUCAGGUGAAUGGAGUGGGGGUCUCAGAAGCACUUCUGCAGAUCAAAAGGUUGCAGGUUCAAAUCCCCCUGUAAUGAAAGUUGCUUUGGAUAGAAUUGCUGCUGUAUGAAUAUAGAUUGUAUGACAUAUUUUAUACAUUAUUAAAACAAAUUGUUUCGGAUGCAAUUCAACACUUCAUUAGUUCCCUAAGGGCAAUUAUACAUUGAAUUAAUCAUUUAGCAUAUGCUCUUAUCCAGAGCGACUUACAGUCAGUACAGGGACAUACAUACUUACCCUUAGGGUAUAACAUUUUUAUCAAAUCUCUUUCGAAUGGAACAUCUUCAUUAUGUUUCAGAAACACACAAUAUCUAGCCAGAGCAUGAAGGAGAAUGCUGAUCAAUACAGAUUAUCAAAGGUUGACCCAAUCAAUAGUCCAUAAACGACUGAUUACAAUCUGUGUACAUUCAUAGUUCCUCACAGUGAUGACUGUAGAUAAGUCAUCUUAAAAUGGAAAAAGGAUCAUUGUUCCAACAUGAUUCAUAACAUAUAAGAUCUGGUUCAGUCAAAGCUUGAUGACAAUUAUUGAAAAUAUUGUUUGUCAAUGUGAUUCAAAUUACAGUACCGUUAUUUCACAAAAAUAUGAAGGUAUGGUACAAUGAAAACAUGUUUUAUUUCUAACUGCAUGAUAUAAUAGCAUGACAAAGGUGGUGGAGGUGGUAUGAGGUAGUGGGAUAUACACAAGCCAGUAUGUGAAUGCUAUUGGGGAGCAUGUGACAGAGCAUGUUUGAGUGACAAAUGCCUGUUGUGUUGCCUGCCCGGUAAGUGCUGCAUUGUGGUCCAGAAAUAAUGGGUAAGGUCACCUUGGUAACCCCUCUGUUGUGUCUGACCCCUGGCCUCUGGGCCCAGGACAGAGGUCCUCUGAUCCAGCUAGGAUCGAUAUUCCUUCGUCAAAAUGCGAGCUUUCACCUAUUCUAUCCACACAUGACCUUAAACAAAGCAGGAAUUAAGUGUCAUUUGAAUCUCUUUGAAAACCUAAAUCCACUUAAAACAGGGAGACCAGGCCAUCAAGCUAUUCAAUUGUGAAACCAGGUCAUUGAAAUCAUUAAGUGAAACAGGUCAUUAACAGAAUCUGGUGUACUGAAAUCACAUUGGCCCCUCAAGACGAUAGCUCUCCGAGACAAGCCCUGCUCUUCCAUUAUAAAUCUAUCAGUGGGCUUUCUGAGGUGCAGUGUGCAGUGUUCUGACUGUGAAUGAGGUGACUCGGCUUGAACAUGGCCCGAGACCAGCGCACGCUAAUAAUGACUCAUCG